AUGUCAGUUUCAAUUAUUUAUGUUGAUGAUAUAAGUGUAACUGGAGAUGAUCAGGCAGAAAUGCAAAAUCUUCAGAAAUAUCUGGCUUCCGAGUUUGAGAUGAAAUCAUUAGGUGAUUUGAAGUACUUUCUUAGACUUGAAGUUGCCAGAUCUAAACAUAGUAGCUUUCUAUCCCAAAGAAAGUAUGUUUUGGAUUUACUUGCAGAAACUGGAAUGUUGGAUUGUAAACCAAUUGAUACACCUAGUGAACAGAAUCAUAAGUUGGGGUUGUAUCCCGAUCAAGUCCCUACUGAUAAAGAGCAUUAUGAACGACUUGUGGGGAAAUUGAUUUAUUUAGCUCAUACACGUCCUGAUAUUGCAUAUGCAGGGAUAAUGUUUUCCAAGUAUGGUCAUAAAGAUGUGGAAGGGUAUACUGAUUCUGAUUGGACUGGUUCAAUCAUUGAUAGACGUUUUACGUCUGGGUAUUUCACAUUUGUUGGUGGUAAUCUUAUUACUUGGAGGAGUAAAAAGCAAAAAGUGGUGUUUCGGUCUCCUGCUGAAGCCGAGUAUCGUGGGAUGGCUCAAGGUGUGUGCGAGUUCCUGUGGUUGAGGAGACUGUUAAGAGAUCUUGGGUUUGCGCCUCAGAAACCCAUGAAUUUGUAUUGUGAUAACAAAGUUGCAAUUGCGAUUACUUAUAACCCUGUGCAACAUGAUCGUACAAAGCAAGUGGAGGCUGAUCGACAUUUUAUUAAAGAGAAGGUGGAUAUAUACUGA